GUUUCACCAAUAAAUCUCAGUACAGUCUGGGGAAACACCUCCCUCCGCUUUUUCGGAUGGGGCGGCGGACAGAGUUGCAGUCGGGACACCCUCAACUUUUCUGAAACUCACCACAAACUGUCCGACGUCCUGUCAUGCGGGGACUGUAACUUAUUUCGGAUUGUGGUUUAUUUCCUCGCGCUCCUGAGUCAUGGCUCCGUUUGGGAAAAACUUCCUGAAAGCUCGACUGAAAAACAGGACAAAAGAUGCUGAGCCUGCAAUAGGAAAGGAGAUUCAAGUUACUGUCUGCAACGAGGAGAAGGUCGUCUGUGGAGUAACAAAGCACACAACUUGUGUAGAUAUGAUUCAGGCAUUACUGGAGGAUCACAAAUCAGUCCCAGAAAGCAAGCGGCUCCUGCACGGGGAACCUAAAGACUUCUGUCUCGUUGAGCGGUGGAAGGGUUUUGAGAGAGUCUUGCCUCCUCUCACCAGAAUCCUGAGGCUCUGGUAUGCCUGGGGUGACCAGAGACCAUUCAUCCAGUUUGUUCUUGUCAAAACCAGUGAUUUUGUGCCUCAGCCCACCAAGAAGGCUGUGAAGUCCAAGGGGGCCAGGCCUAAGCGCUGGGAGCAUGGUCGUGUGCAGCACCCUCAGUCUCUGCCAGUGGAGAAGCAAAAGCGCAUGGUGAAGAAAGCUUUCAGGAAGCUGGAAAAGCUUCACAAUGAGAGCAAGAGCUCCCCGGGCACUGAGGAGAUUGACCGGAUGGUGCAGCUUAUUCUCAACCAGGACCACACCAUCCGAGAGCAGAUCCAACGCAUGAGGGACCUGGAUUUGGAGAUUGAGCAGUUUGAACUACAAGUGCAGAGAGAAGCUGAGUGUGAGGGCUCACUGGCUCAGGCAGGUGGUCAGAGUUUGGAGGCACACAGUGAGGAGCAGCUGCAGGAGUACCUGUACACCAGUGAUGGAAUUGAACAGCUUGAGCUGCAGGUUCAAAGACACCAGGAGCUCAUCCUCCAGCUGUCUCGGGAUAUUGACGCUGAGCUGAGGAGGGCUAACUUUCCACCAGACCAAGAUGAGGAGAGUGAACAGGAAGGAGCAGCGGCUGCUUCCUGGAUUGCCCGUGAGACAGAUGAAUCAUUCUACACUGCCGAACUCAAGAGGCUGCAGGAUGAACUGAAACACAGCCUCUUCACCGGUGUGUCCCUUCACAAUCAAGCUGCAGAAAUAGACAAGCAGCUGAAGUACUUUGACACUACGCUGGUCUCCAAGGACCAGGAGUGCUGGCAGCUGGCUGCCCAGCUGAGCUCUUUGCAAAUCGGGGACAGCACAGAGGAGAAGUCCAGUCCUCCCCCUCUGAAAACUGAGACUCAGUGCAGCGUCUCACAGACAGUGAAACUCAAACACAGCCUGUCCCCUCUAGACAUUACAGACACAGACUCAGACACUGGGAUUAGCUCCACACACAGUCAGGACUCACUGUCACCAUGUCUCGACUUCCCUCCCCCACUGGACACAGACGUUUGAACCCUGCAAUUUAUUGUUCUGUAUGCACUAGCCCCAGUUUGUGCCUCUCACAUCUUACAUUUGAGCAUCAGUUUGUAGAAUCCCAAGCAAUUAGUCAACUCAUUUUCUUGUUUUUUCAAUUAACCAUCUCAGUCAUUUUUUUAUUAUUAAACAUUCUCUGGUUUCAGCUUCUCAAAUGUUUUGCUGCUUUUCCUCAUCAUAUAUCAAUCUGAUUAAUUUUUUUAAUUUAACGUUUUGUGGCAUUUUGUAUUUGUGUAUACCUGUUGUGUAUCAUAAAGAAGGUGCAGGGUAAUACAUCACUUUUGGAAUGGGGAGUGAGUCACUAUUUGGGAAACAUUAUUGUUCAGUGAGCAGUUUUGGUUUUUGUUUCUUUUACAAAGGUAAUGAUAAUACUUGGAAGGCACAGACUGGAGCUAUGUACACACAAACUACUGUCUACACUCUGAUGGCUAGAUUAGCCAAUUUUAAGUGUAUAUUUUUGUCCCCAACAAAGAAGCAAAGACUAUUUCCUGAUGACAGAUGUGUCUACCAUAUGCCAGUCUUAGUUACUCUUCUUUUUGUGUGUGUGUGUGUGUGUUAGUUUCUGUCACUGGUCUGUUGUGUUAGAAAAUGAAUGUAUGUUUAUUGCCCCUAUUAAGGUUCUCAAACUAUUUAUGAAGCUGCACUUCUUUGUACACACUUAAGCAUAUUAACAAUGUUUUAUAUUAAAACAAAUAGCUAACUGCUUCAGAUGUAGAGUUUGUUAAAAAUGUACCAUAACAUUCCUCCUGACUACACUGUAAAUACGCUGCUGUAUCUACUGUAAAUGAUUGUUUUUAUGACACAGGCACAAAUUUUAAAAGACAAUUUGAUAAAGCAACUGAGAAAAUAUUUAUUUAUCAUGUAAUUGUAUUUUACAGAUGAUUGUUUCCCCUCUCAGGCAAUAAUCUCAAUCUAAUCCAACACAGUCAGGACCAAAAUAACACAAAGAUUAUGUCUGUGUAAACAAUGCUUAAAACACACAAGCCAUGAUAAGGUAAAAUGUAUAUUUCAACUUUCAUAAUAAACACUAAUACUGUAAAUGUCACAGAGUAA